CUCAAACGAAUGCAAGCAAGCCGCCAGUCCUCGCACAACAUUCUGGGAGGCCCUUCGACAUCUGAUGGCUGCCGCUGCCAGGAUCAUGAAUUGCUCGAGUUUGCUCAGUAUGGUGGAACAAAAGCUGAAUCAUCAAUGUGACCAAUCGCUCACAUGAUUGACUUCAAGCAAUGUUCAAGUUCAUCAUGCCCUCAAACGAGUGAUAAUACAAUGCAGACGCAAGCGAGGCCCUUGAAGCAGAGGAGCCUGAAGUCGUUCUUUUCACCUGCAAGGGCCUGCAAGGAGGGGAGAGACGGAACCCUGGACCAGGAUAUGGGGGUGGAUGGCGCUUCCGGCCAGAAGGGGCUUUCAGGGCCCCACCCGCCAACGAAUCUCGCGGUUGUCAAUGGGCAAAAUGGUGUUGCACACGUGAGCGGGGCAGCAAUCCAUGAGGGCACACGGAAACGGAAGCAAAGGAAAGCUAGUGCCGAGGAUUCUGGCGCAAUUAAGGUAGCGGCAUCUGGGGAACUGAAAGCGGAAGAGGCAGGGGGUCAGCCGCAAGGAGGAAGAGGGGCCACCACAACAGCGGACGUUCAGCAAAGCAAGAAAAGGAAGCGGAAAGAGUACGGAGCGAAACCAGCGGUAGCGAAUGGGAGUGAGAGUUCUUGCAAGGAUUUGCCCAGUGAAAGACCUGUGGGAUUAGUGGCGGGGGGGGCAUCUGCCGCUGUCUUGGCCCUUCCGAAGCCUGGCCCACUUACAGAGAGACCGGCCGCCAGCGACGCUGCUGAAGGGAUCAGCCGAAGCUUCCUCCCGAAACCGCCGAGCGAAAGCCCAGCAUCCCCUGAGAGUUUUGCGACUGCUCGGGUUGCGACAUCUGAUGGGUUUUCUGGUGGUAGUGAGCCGGCCACUCUAGUUACUCCCCCAACUGUACAGCAAGACGGGACUGACAGAAAGAGCAUGGGAGAAAGGGUGGAGAGCCCUCCCGUUGGAUGGACGGACACUGCUACCAUGUCGCACAGCCAAGCAAUGGAAGCAGGCGGGGAUGAAAAGCCAGGCUGCUGUUUAGGGGCGUCGCCUAGCGGGUUGGAUUCAAAGCUGACAUGUGUAGAGGCUUCCGCAGUCUGCGAAGGCCAUCUAGCAAACUCCAAUGCUGCGAUCGGCGAUUGGAGCGAAGCCGAGCAAGCGGAGGAUGUCAAUGGUGAAACUAAGCGAGCCCAGUUGGGGCUCCUCAGUGAGCCGUUAGAAGGGCCAUUAGACGAUGGGCUUCAGCAAUUUGACAAGGGGAAUCAGAGGUGCUCUGCACCAGCGGAGCAGGCAGCCUCUCCUGUUAGAAAAGGCGUCAGGGCCAGGAAACUCAGCAGGAAAGCAGAUGAGCUGCUUCAGUACUCUCCGGAAGAAGCGAGGGGGGUUAGCGGGCUGGGAUUGAGGCGCAGGCCGGAGGGUGGGCAGGAGGAGGGAGCGGGGUUGCAGAAGGAGGGGCGGGGGGCACGGACCGAGCUUGGAGUCCUGGACUUUGGCGAACAGGUAACGGGAAUGCGACCGGACGGGAGUCUAGUCGAAUUGUCCCGGUGGGCAGCUGAGCUGGAUGAAGAAACGAGCGUUGUUCCUGAACUAGGAGAAGGGGACAGGCCAAGCGGGCCAGGAGAGGGGCUGCGGGAAAGGAAGAGUGAGCGGGAUCGUGGGGAAAGAGCAGCCAAUGCGCGUCAAGAUGCAAAGAUGGGAGAGGGAGAUGUUCCCAAUUCUCAAGGUCGGAGGGGGAAGGUGAAGGCAGAACCGGAGCGGGAGCAAAACGGGAAGAAACGCCAGAAGGAGAAGAAAGGGAUGGAGAGGCGGAAGAAAGCGGAAGGGGCUGGAGAAGGGGCGUCAGAGAGGGGUGCAGAAGGGGGCGAACAACACGAUGUUGCCAUGUUUGAGACUGACAAGGAGGAGGGUCCUAAAAAGGACGAUCCUGCAAAGGAGAAGGAACUAGAGGGAGGGGUCGACAGCCAGCGAGGGAACAGGGUGCGGUUGUUACAGACAGAGGGGUCGGGACCGUCGAAGCAAGGCAACAGCAACGGGUUGUUGGAAACGGGAGGAUGCGCGGAGGCCGACACAGAGCCAGAUCGAAGCGGGGGGCUGACACCGCUGGGAAAGGAGCAGAAGAUAGCGGAACUGGCUGACGUCUGCUUGCGGGCGAGCCAGAGUGCGGAGUCUCCGGCGCCGUCCAAAAAGCCUCAGAAACGCGCGCCGGGGACGCCUAAGAGUGAGCGGAAGCCAGCGGUAGCGGGCGCUGGCCCCGUCAUGAAGACAUGCGUCAAUUGCGGGAGAACGGGGCCUCCCACUGUGGGCCAGUACUAUGGGCACCCUUUUUCGGGAGAGCCGUGCUGCGCGUUUUGCUUCCACCCAACCAAGAAAGCGAGGAGGAAGGCGAUCGAAGAGGGGCGGGAUCCCGACGAGGCCGUACGGGCGCUGCUUCUGGACAGGAAGAGGAGGUACAAGAACGGAGAAUUGGAGACGCGGAAGAGUAGGACGCAAGGGAGUGCUCAGCUUCCGUCGAGCCCCGUGCCGCCGUUCACGAAAGCGCCGCGGUCGCCCCGGAAAGUGGUGAAACCGGGGGGGCCGGUCAAGCUGGCGUGGCAGAGCCGGUUCGAAGCGGGCGGCGCCAUUUCCGGUGGGUCUCCGUCCGUGGGCGUGCUUGAGUCCGGCGGAAAGAGAAGGGAAGCGCCGCCAAACGGAAACUCGCGGAUCCCCGCAUCCUUGGGAGGGGCGUCCCCUAGGGCCAAGCCCGCAAAAAGCCGGCCGAAACGGGUUGCAGAACAGUCUCAGAGCGAAGGAAAAGUCGCCUCUCCUGGGGGCACGAAGCGGAAGAAGGGGCCCGAGGCGGGCAGCCCCCAGGGGAAGAAACGGAAGUUGGACUCUGGAAUCGGCUCUCUCAAGCCAGUCAGUCCGGCCAAGGAUGCGGUUGCGCCUGGGAAGGGGAAGGGGGCAAAGGGGACUCCCAAACCAGUCCAAACGCUAUCCAAAUCCAGUCGAAACGCUAACCCAUCCCUGCUUCAAACAACCCAAACGCUAUCCAAACCCAGUCGAAAGCUUCCCCAAUCCCCGCAGAAAAGUCCCUUACAGAAACUCCUUAGCAGGCCCCCUAAAACACGCCCCCCUAUGCUGAAGAGCCCCGCAAAGGUUGAAGCUUCGAGCAAGCGUCCGAAAACGAAGGACCGCUCAGCGCCGGCUCCUCCGGCUGUUUCACACCGCCUGGAAACCCCGCCGACCACACCGAAGGCAGAGCGACUAGAGGCCAGUGUGAAAAGGCCGGCCAGUCGCACCAUCUCGGAGAUUCUCAGGGACCCGUACCCUGUUGUCCCGUCUGCUGGCGGUGAUGACGUCAGGACAAGCGACGUCGCGAGUGGCUCUGGUGAGAGCCUGGCCGCCGCGCUUGCGGCGUUCAGGGAGCGGAAGAGAGACGAAGGCGUUUUUCACGAGAUGCCGCUGAAGAACGCACCCCCAAAGACGCUCAUGGGGCGCAAGUGCAAGGUGUACUGGCCGAUGGACGACACGUUCUAUCCGGGGGUGGUCUAUCAGUACAACAACCAGACGGGGAAGCACAAGAUUCUGUACGAGGACGGGUACGAGGAGGUCAUCCACCUUGCGGACCAGCGCAUCCAGAUCCAGGUCUUCCCGGAAAGGGACCCCAUCCUAGUUACAGACCCGGGCACUGAGGGGGAGGCCGGCCCACGGGCGGCGAAUGGGGGCGCGAAGAAGAAACGGAAAAGGGAGCAGUCGAGCGACGGCGGAACGGAAGGACCGGAAGCGGAGCUGAGGCGGAACGGGCUGCCGAGCGAGGGGGACGCCGUCUGGGGGAAGGUCAAAGGUCACGCGCCGUGGCCGUGCUUGGUGAUGAACGAAGAGCAGGCGGAGCGCGUGGCGCUCGAGCCGGGCCCCCGCGAGACGGCAGCCACCACCGUUCCCGUCCAGUUCUUUGGAACGUGCGAGGUCGGAAGGCUGCGCGGCGAGCAGGUGGAGACGUUCCAAUCGGGGCUGGACAAGGGGCUUCACAAGAAGCUCAAGGCCGGCAACUUCCUGCAAGCCCUCCAGGAAACGGAAGCCUACUUGCGGCACCGCCAGCUGCCCCCCGGCAUGCAGGCCAUCUUUUCUCCGGCUGACGACUCCAGCAGCGGCGAGGAAGAGCAGCUCCCUCCCAGCCCCCGCAAACCCGCACCCGAACCCGAACCCACCCCAAACCCGAGCCCGAGACCCCCGCCAAAACCCCCCCUAAACCCCCGGUCAAGCCCGCGGCGCCCCCGCCGAGACUGCCGAUCCAGUGCCAAGCGCAGCUCACGGUGCACGCGCUUGGGAUGAUUGUCCAGUCCAAGAACUUCCACACCUCGUCGCAUAUUUUCCCCGUCGGGUUUCGGUCGACCCGCUUGUUCUUCAGCAUGAAAAAUCCCGAGAGGCGUGUCAGCUACACAAUGGAGAUCCUAGCGGGGAACAGAAACGGUGCGGCUGCGCCCCUCUUCCGUAUCACACCGGAAGACGGCCCGCCAAUGAAGGGGUAUGACACGCGCGCGCUGUGGUUGGACAUCGCCCAGCAGAUUGGCGAGGUUCGGGAGCGGCUAGGCCAGGCGGGGGGCGCACCGUACUUCAAAUCUGGGCCGUCCAUGUUUGGCUUCUCCGACGUCAAGAUCGUGCCUCUCAUUGAGUCCCUCCCAAACGCCCGCGAGUGGUGCACCAACUACGCCGCCUGGCACGACGGACACCCCCCCGCCCACC